AUGUCGUCUCUCAACUCCCAGCUGAAGGGCUUCAAGUCCGGCGUUGUCAACCAAGGCAACUUCGUCCAAGCUCGUCGCCACAUUGCUUCACCCGCUCCAGCCGCCCAGGUCUCUCCAGCUUCAACGCCAGGAGCAAGUGGCAGCGGUGGGAACUCCUCUUCAAAUGCAGCAGCCAUCGCCAAACGAAAGAAGCCGGUCAAGAACAAUGUGGUCUACUCUCAACCGGCCGAUACUGGGAUGGGUCUAUACAUCAUGACUCAGGUUCUUCACCUCGUUGAACACCUGAAGGAAGUUGAAAAGCCUCUCACCAGAGCAGACCUUGAGAGGUUCCUCGCCAAGCCUCUCGAUUCUACUAUGAUCGAGAUCCUUAGGUCGCAUGAUAAGCUGGUUUUUGAUCAUGUCACGGAUACAUAUGCUUUCAAGCCGUUGCACAAUAUUCGUAGUGCUCAACAGCUUCUUACCCACCUCCAAGCGUCUACCACCGCCCAGGGGUUGAGCGUCAAGGAACUGAAGGAUGGAUGGUCUGGCGCUCUCGCCACCAUUGAUGAGUUGGAGGCCGAUGGGUCGAUUUUGGUCACUAGAACCAAGAAGGAUGGACAGGCUCGAAUGGUCUGGAUUAACGAUAAGAGUUUGAACGUUACUAUUGAUGACGAAUUCAAAACGAUCUGGGAGAAAAUCGUGAUCCCACCGGCUGCCGAACUGCCCGGCGAACUUGAGCGCGCUGGUCUAAAACCUACUAGUGUGGAUCCAGCCACGAUCAAGAAAGCCAUGCAGAAGGACCAAGGCAAGAAACAGAAGAAGCCAAGGAGGGGUAGAAUAACAAACACCCAUCUUGCUGGCAUGCUUCGCGAUUACAAUUGA